GCUAUAUAUCCAUGGUGAAACUACUUCUGGGUUUUCUGCUUGUCCUUGCUGUUGCAGGGACAACGUUGGCCGGGGGCUGCGACGGGGACCGGGAGGACAUGAUCCGGGAGUGCAAGAAGUACGAGAUGUUCCUGGCGGAGCCCAAGAUCCCGCCGUCGGCAGCGUGCUGCGCUGUGUGGCAGAAGGCGGACAUCCCGUGCCUCUGCAAAAGGGUCACCAAGGAGGUAGAGAAGGUGUGGUGCAUGGAGAAGGUCCUCUACGUCUCCAACUACUGCAAGAGGCCCUUCAAGCCUGGCUACAAGUGCGGGAGUUUUACGGUUCCUCCACUUGGCCAAUAA